AUGGGUCCCGGACCGUCCACGGAGCGGGAAUUGGUAUUGAAACCCGUUCUCAACAGCUCAGUUGCUAAGCUGCUGAAUUUGAACCAAUCAAACUUUGAUAAGGCCAGGAUAAUGGCUGUAAAAUGUGAGUUGGGAUCAUCUUGGUUGAAGGCGGUCCCAAACUCUGCCUGUGGUACCAGGCUGGACGACUCUUGUGUUCGUGUCAGUUUGGGACUGAGACUCGAUUUACCCAUUUUAACCGAGUAUGUUUGUUUAUGUGGGGCAAAUGUUGAACCCCUGGGCUACCAUGGUCUUUCUUGUCGGUUGGGCCCUGGUAGACAGGCUCGACACUUGGCCAUGAACGACUUUUUGGUCAGGUGCUUUCAGAGAGCAAACAUACCCACAAUUAAAGAAACCCACGGGUCUCAUGGAGGAAGUUUGAAGUUGAAAAAUUUGGCUCAAACAGAAAAAAUAAAGCUUCAAGCUCUGUUUAUUUCUGAAAGUUUAGUGGACAUUCGAAGUGUCUUAGAUAAUGUUACAUUAAAUCAGGUGAAAUAUGCUGAAAAAGAAAUGCAGAUUAAAGAAUUAAAUAAGAAAAUGGAAAAGUUCUGUGAUGAAACUCAGAAUAGAUUAAAAGAAAAUGAAAAGUUAGCUAGAAAAUGGUCAGAUGUAUUAAAAGAUAAAGUGGAAACGUUAGCUUCUGUGGUUACAAAAAUUGAAAACUCUGUAAAGUGUUACUGA